CGUGUAAUGACGGGCUCGAGUUGAUGGACACAUUAACCGUUGUAGAUAUAACCCAUUUGGAGAAAGUUUUAGGCAUAGUAAAAUAAGGAAACAGGGAUUGGCUAUGUCAGUUAUGACUAUUUAACUUCCUAUUCAGCUGUCAGUGUGAAUUAUUUCUUCAACAUUCUUUCAGGAUGAAGUGUUUUUUAUUGGUGAUUGUGUUCGUCCUAUCUUUCGCCGGCGACGGAGAAAACAUGUAUCAGGAAUCUCCCCCGUCCACCCCCGAACACCCCUCCGAUGCGAGGCUGGUGUUGAAAUCGCUCAUGGAUAACAACCCCUGCAAGGACUUCAAUACUUUCUCGAGGAGACUCUACAAAGCUCGAGCGGUGGGCGAGUGCGUGAACGCCUUCAAGGCCAUGAAGCUCCUCAAGGACGAACUUCUGAUCCCCGAGUGCGACGACGUCGACACCAUCCAAUGCACCGAGUCGUACCUCAAUUGGUACUGCUCCGGGUACAUCACCCGAAAACAACCAACCACCAGGGGAACCGAAGGGGGCUUUUGCAGGAUUUGGUGGCAGGGGGGAUCGUCGACGCCGAAGAGAGAGAGGGUUUGGUUGACAUCCUGUUACGACCCAAAAGACUACAAGAGGAGCCAAAGCGAGUUCCAGAAGAGUCAAAGCAACUUCCAGAGGAGUCAAAGCGACUACCAGAGGAGUAAAAGCGACUACCAGAGGAGCCAAAGCCGUGGUUCUUCUGGGGAGAACGGUGGUCUGAGGUUAGGACCCGCAAUGCCCUCGCAACGUGCUCCUCCGCGGUUCAAGGGGCACUAUCUACCCUAGAAGGCGC